UGUUGAUAAGAUACUACUAUAAAUACUCUGGUUAAAAUUCUAUUCAAAGUAUCUCAGUAGUCACUAUUGAAAAACGAAUAAUGUUAACUCUCGCCGUAUUUGCAGUUUUUGUUCAGUUAGCGUCCUCUUGUUGUGGACCUGCUCAGUGGGAGGGAUAUGAGAGUGUACAUGCAGGAGCACAGGUCAAUGGAACAGCCGGAGAGGGUAAAGGACUUUUGAAUAUAUCUGUUGAUGCCAAUAUAAACAAAGUAGUCGUCAGAGGAUAUAGCAUGUGGAACGGUCAGCAAGUUAAACAACAUAUUCUCUACGAUUAUUCAGCUGGAAAAAUGUACACUGUUUACGGUGGGAAAUGCGUGACAGCUGACUUACCCCCAUAUCCAGCUCCAGGGAAACUUAACUGUGUACCAUCUGAUGCUAAACUGGUGCUUUCUACCUUUUAUGGAAUUGGUGAUAAUAAAUACGAGAUUGAUGUUUAUGAAUUUAUGGUAGAGGGUAAGAAAAUGGUAUUAAGUGUCACUAAAGGAUCAUGUGUUCCUGUUGGAGAACAACAACAAUUGACCAACGGUUUUGCCGAUGUUGGCUUCAUUGGAUUAACAGAAGGAAUAAAAGACCCAUCAGUGUUUAAUAUCCCAUCGGAGUGCAAAAGUGACAGGACUGUUUCUCCGAGAAUGCAGUAUAUAAAACAGACUGGACGUGUUUAAGGGGAAAAUGAAUAAAUCAAGGAAAUAUUUUUCAGUAUGAACAAAAUCACAUAUAAUAUUUGUAUUUGUUUUUUUAAAUUCAGAUUUAAAUAAAAACUAAGAAAUA